AUGAGCAAUUAUCGUGAAAAAGGAAAUGUCGCAUUUAAAAAAGGAGAUUUCCUUACAGCAUGGACUCUGUAUACACAAGGCCUCUCCGAAGAACCUACGGACCCAUUUCUCUGGUGUAAUCGUUCCUUGGUAAACAUUAAAUUGGAGACAUUCGAACUUGGAUACAUGGAUGCCCUGAAAGCUCAUAACAUCUUAACUUCCCCUGAUAUUCCUGAUCCAAAUUCUCCGUACUCUAGCAAACUAUUAGAAGACACAAACUUGCAGAAUCUUCUCAUAAAAACCUACAAGCGAAUGGCCGAAUCAAUGUCAUUAUUUGGAGUUUCCCGACGGGCGGCUACCAUCCUGGAAAGUUUAUUAGACCACCCGACAUACAGCAAAUAUAUUAUAAAUAAUAAAGAUAGGGAAGACUUUAAGGUCAAUCUUGGAAAGUAUCGAGAUAGAUCGAAAUUGACACUUAAAACACUGGAAGAAUCAAUUCCCGCUACAAAUGUCUCGAAGCAAGAAUAUAUCGAUAAGUGUUUGGACAUGGGAUCAAGCAAUUUUGAUUAUCGGUGGGAUAGAAAGCGACAGGAGGAUAGGUGUUCCGAUGCGAACGUUCGAGAACUCCAGAAAGAAUUAACACCCUAUCUUCGGCGUAAUGUCAGCGUUGGCAGGGUAGCAUUUGUCAAUGGAAACAAUUCUUCAAGCGAGAAAUUUUCGUCGUUUCAAAUGGGAAUUUUUGCGGAAGAAGAUAUCCCGGAAAAUGAGGUGAUCUUGAAGGAGGAAUCAUUCCUCGUGGUUCAUCCUUACACAAUUCCAAGGUGUCAUCAUUGCGCGCGUCGCAUCAGGGGCACCAACAACGAACACCCAAAAGCUCCUCCGAAUUUCAAAUGUGAGAAGUCCAAUUGCAAUGAGGUGUUCUGUAGCAAACGAUGUUACAAAAUGGCUGAAUUACAAUAUCACACUGCUUUGUGUGGUAAAGACCUUCAACCUUUCUUGUCGCUCGUUCGCCAACGAAAAUCCGGGAAUAAUGAUAAAAGUCCCAUGAUGCUUUUAAAACUUUUUGCCAUAGCGAAAAUUCAAAAAAUCACCCCUCUGAACGUUUCAAAUCUAAGAUUCCUUUCUCAAUUUCAUCCUUCGAAGCUCCCAUCAUCAUUGACUAACACCACGACCACUCUUCCAGCAAUAUUAAUCGAUUUCUAUUUAGAAACCCUAAACAUAUUAGGCAUCUCUCCGUACGACGUGAACUAUGACUUUUGGAUCUACAUCACACUAUUUAAUAUCCUGAGAGUCAACGUGUUUGGAUCUCCCGGAUACUUGUGUCUAUAUAGGUUCACGUCUUUGAUCAACCAUUCCUGUCAGUCCAAUAUCGCUUCACUUCAUGUGACUUCCGAAGAUGAAGAUUAUGCCUCCAAACACGAGAUCGAGGAGAAUGACAUGGUGAUCAUUUCUUCGAGAGAGAUCAAACGAGGUGAACAGAUAUUUACAAGUUAUUGUGACCCAACGAUUAGUAAAGUGAAGAGGGGAAUGGUUUUGGUGCCUACAUAUGGGUUUGAAUGUGAUUGUGAGAAAUGUAAGAACGAAGAGCCCAAUGAUCUAAGUUCUUUGUAUUCUAUUCCUUUGUGGCUUAUCAGCACUCCUAAAGAAUAA